UAGGUAGUGCGCAUGUCCGGAAGUGUCCUUUUUGUUACGCAAAGGAAGGACAAAAUUUGUUCGGGAAAGUUCGCAGUUGAUAUAAUAUAUUGUAAUAGAGGGACAGGAUUUGAUUUAAGACAUGAGCUUGCACGAUUUAUUCCGAGGAAUAUUUGGGUUUCCUGGUGGACGAGGAGGCCGACAACCACCACCAGAUUACUUUGAUGAGAAUGAAGAGUGGGAUGAUGAUGAUGAUGAAGAUGAGGAGGACCAUGACAGCUUCAGCCAUGACUUUGGAGCCUUUGGGUUCAGGGGUGGGCCGGGAUUCGAGGAGUUUAGUGGUGACGACUUUGGGAUGUCGGACAUGAUGAAACACUUUGACGAGAUGUUCCACACUUUUGAUGAACUGUUCCGACAACUUGGCACUGUGGAAUUUCCACCUUUACCACCUCCACACAGACCAGGUGUUCCGGGUAUUGAACCUCCCCCAUCAGGACCUGGACAUGAAAGGUCCCUCAGAGACAAAAUGUUGAAGGAGCCAGGAGCAAUCCCAGAGGGAGGAAGUAGCAGAAGUGAACAGCCAAGAAGUGAACAGCCAACACAAAAGAGAUAUCCACAGUUUGAAGACUUCUGGAAGAACCCCUUUGGCCAGCUACCCCCUUCUCCAUGGGAGAAACCCCCCUCCUCACCUCAGGACAAAGUUGAUAAAGAUCUGGAUGCCCAAAUCUCAGCAUCAGACCUGGAAACAGUCCUGCCCCGACAGCAGCCGUCACAGCCACCGCAGGGUCGCUCGUUCUUCAAGUCCAUCACCACGACGACCAUCAGAGGCCCAGACGGGAAAGUAGAACAGAGGCGAACCGUGCGAGACGGGUCAGGAAAUGAGGAGACGGUGGUGACGCGAAACGAUGGUGACCAGACGCACACGGUUGUGACCAGGAGAGAUCCCUCUGGUAGGGAGGAGACUCGGGAGGAGAUUUCUGAUAUAGAUCAAGGGAUAUCAAGUCAUCCCGAUGACAGAUGGCCCCGGAGACUGCCUGACCACCGACCUCCCACCCUGCCAGGUCAGCCACGCUUGCCUGACGACAACACGGCGUCCAUAUUCUACAACCUGUUCGGCUCCUGGUUUGGAGGGAAGUAG